ACCUCGAAGUUGUCUCGAAGUUCGUGCAACGCAAAGUUUCAAAGUUGAAUUGCCGCCUGCGCGCUGCAGCACAGAAGAUCUGACAACGACCCGAACUAGAGAGAACCGAGUCUUGAUCCAAGAUCGACUGUCCGCCAGUAACGCACCAGUCAGCUUCUUACGUGGUGUCACACGGCUACUAUCCAAUGGGUACAAAUACCAGCUCAUCCAACUUUCUAAAGACCCAUCGAGCAGCUUCUCCGUUGUACGACUACCAACUUACGAUCACUCUGUUAAAUUUUUGAAUACUCAUCAUGAUCUCAUUCACAACUUUCAUCCUUACCCUCUUGGCUCUCUUCAGCCUCUCCCUCUCUGCUCCUAUGCGCAGAGAUGUUUUCGUCCCUCCGAUCAUUUACCCAAAAUCUGGUGUGGUCUGGAUAGCUGGUCAACAUCACAAUGUUACCUGGGAGACCAAUGAUGCACCCGUAAACAUCACCAACGGGAUCGGCAGAGUAUAUCUAGCUACCAACACCAUCAUUGAUCUGGACCAUCCUUUGGCAGUCGGAUUCGACAUCUUGGAUGGUCGUGUUUCCAUUCAAGUUCCGUUUGUGCGUACAGGUCAGAGUUACUCGAUUGUCCUCUUCGGUGACUCGGGCAAUUACAGCCCACAAUUCACUAUCAUUGGCGUUUAAUUGGUGCCCUACCACGUCUGACCCAAUCACGCGACGAACAAGUAAUGCCAAUGUUGAACG